AUGCUGGCCACCCUAUAUGAAUCAUUUUGGAAGGCUGAGUAUUGGUUACCUCCUGGGUAUACAUGGGCUGACUUAGAAGAUUCUGAUGACAUCACAUAUCCUCAUCCCAAGGACCUGCUGGCAGUUGUUCCCCUGACAUUUGUCUUGCUGGUCAUUAAAUAUGGCUCUGAGAGGAUCAUAGGAUUGCCCUUGAGCAGAGUCAUGGGUGUGCAUGACCCCCGCAGGAUCAAGGCAACUCCCAACCCCAUCCUGGAGUCAUUUUUCCAGACCCAGAAUAAGAAACCCAAAAAGGAUGAGCUGAGUCACCUGGCCAGUCAGUGCAGCCUUUCUGUGAGGCAAAUACAGUGCUGGUUUCGACGUCGGAGAAACCAAGAACGGCCAUUAAUGAGCAAGAAAUUCUCUGAAUCCUGUUGGAGAUUUUUAUUUUAUUCUACUUCUUUCUUUGAUGGUGUGUUCAUCUUCUACAAUGAAACCUGGUUUGGGAAGCCAGAGACUGUCUGGAAUGGAUAUCCGAAGCAGCCUCUGCAGCCUGCCAUAUAUUGGUGGUACCUCUUGGAGCUCAGCUUCUACUUCUCCUUGCUGCUUACUCUGUCCUAUGAUGUGAAGAGGAAGGACUUCAAGGAGCAGGUUGUCCACCAUUUUGUUGCUGUUGCUUUGAUCUUGUUCUCCUAUUCUGCCAACUUGGUGCACAUUGGUGCCCUGGUGCUGCUACUACAUGAUGCGUCAGAUAUCUUCAUGGAGGCCUGUAAGAUGUUAAUUUACACAAAGUGGAGGCUAGCUCGAGACACAGUGUUCAUCCUCUUUGCCAUGGUGUUCUUCAUUUGCAGACUCAUUCUCUUCCCAAUCAAAGUCCUUCACACCACUUACUAUGCUUUCCUGACCAACUACCAGGCCUUCUUUGGAUACUAUUUUGCCAAUGUUCUCCUGAUGGUCCUGCAGGGUCUCAAUGCCUUCUGGUUUUUCCUCAUCCUCCGAAUGUUCUACAAGCUUUUAUCAGAUGGCCAGGUGAAAAAUGAUGUGAGGAGUGAUACAGAAGAGCAAGAUACGAGUGAUGAACAGUUGGACAUGAGACAGCAGAGAAGUGGGAAACUCCAGUCUAAUGAUACCAUAGACACUCGAGCCCGGGGUGGUUUAAAAGGCUGGCCAGCUUGCCACUGA